AUGGGCUCUUGCGGAGGGAAAUGCGGUAACAGCAUCGCCACCCGUAUCGCAUACGCGCUCAUCCUCCUCAUCAACUCGAUUGUCUCAUGGAUCAUGCUCACCGACUGGGCCAUGAAGAAGCUUGCCCACCUCACGCUGGAUUACGUCGACAUCAAGUGCCACGGCGAACAAUGCUACGGAUACGUUGCAGUGCAGCGCAUCAACUUCGCCCUCGGUUUCUUCCACGUCCUCAUGGCGCUUAUGCUCAUCGGAGUACGGUCUUCCAAGGACGGUCGCGCCACCAUACAGAACGGCUUUUGGGCUCCCAAGAUCAUGGGCUGGAUCGGCAUGAUUGUCCUGACCUUCUUUGUCCCGAACUCGUUCUUCAUCGUCUGGGGCAACUACUUCGCCAUGGUCGGCGCGUGUCUGUUCCUACUCAUCGGUCUCAUCCUGCUCGUGGAUCUGGCGCACAACUGGGCCGAGUACUGCCAGGAGAAGAUCGAAACCACCGAGUCGCGCGUCUGGACAGGCAUGCUCGUGGGUAGUGCCAUGUCCAUGUACCUAGCGUCAAUCGCCAUGACCAUUGUCAUGUACAUCUUCUUUGCAAAGAGUGGAUGCGGCAUGAACCAGGCAGCCAUUACCAUCAACUUGAUUCUGCUCCUAAUUUCAUCCGUCGCCUCGAUCCACCCCGCAGUACAGGACGUAAACCCCCGAGCUGGUCUCGCCCAAUCCGCCAUCGUAGCCGUUUACUGCACUUACCUCACUCUGUCUGCCGUGGGCAUGGAACCCGAUGACCAUCAAUGCAACCCCCUCAUUCGCGCCCGUGGAACUCGUAAGGCGACCAUCAUCAUCGGCGCCAUUGUCACAUUUGUCACAGUUGCCUACACCACCACCCGCGCAGCAACAUACGGCCUCGCUCUGGGCGCCCAAGGCAAUCCUCACGGAAACGGCUACGCUCAGGUUGGCACCGAAGACUACGAACAUGGCCUGGUCACACAGCAACCCGAGUCCCGUCGCGACAUGCGCCAAGCUGCCCUACGCGCCGCCGUAGAGUCUGGCUCUCUCCCCGCCUCUGCACUCGACGACUCUGACAGCGAGGACGAAGACGAUGAGCCCUCCAGCAAGAAGAACCCGCGCGAUGACGAGCGCAACGCGACGCAGUACAACUACACCCUCUUCCACAUCAUCUUCUUCCUCAGCACAACAUGGGUUGCCACUCUCCUCACCACAAACUUUGACGAGAAGGAUGUAUCCGGUAGCUUCGUUCCUGUCGGCCGGACGUACUGGGCCAGUUGGGCAAAGAUUAUCAGUGCAUGGGUGUGCUACGGCAUUUACACAUGGACACUGGUUGCUCCUCUUGUGCUGCCAGAUCGAUUUGACUACUGA